AUGGUAAACGCAUUAACGAUUGCAAAUCCGCGAUUUCUCACGCAGAAACGGCCCUGCAGAUUGAUAGUUUCUUGGAACCGACACUUCUGUGUUUCCCGCCUCGGAUCAAGGGUUCAUGAAAUUGAUGAACCUAUCGAAGAAGAGCUGCUUCCAAGCGAUCGACUGAGAUGCUUCCAUCCGACUCAUCCUGGUGAGAUACUAGAUGGCAGGUUCAAGACGAUUGCUAAGCUCGGUUUUGGCGGUGGUUCUACUGUUUGGCUGGCUGAGAAUCUCAAAUUCAAAAGGUGGGAGAAAUCCUUCAUGUUGAUUCCUUGUUUCGUUAGUAUAAAAAUUGCGGCUCUCGAUACGGAUGCAUCUGGGGAGACGAGGUAUUCAAAGAUUAUCACUCACGCCAAACGCUCACACGACGGCCUCGCAUUCAUACGGACGCCUAUCGAUGAGUUUCAGUUAGAAGGACCGGAAGGAACACACCUCUGUCUCGUGUAUGUGCCAAUGAGGGAGACUCUUUUUCGUCUUCAGCACCGAUUGCAGCGGCAAAGACUAGCGCCACCCUUGUUCAAGUUUUACAUCUACUGUCUCCUUCACGCUCUGGAUUAUUUGCACACUGAGUGCCAUCUCAUCCAUACAGAUAUCAAGGACAAUAAUAUCAUGAUGACAAUUGAAAAUGACGUUGUCUUGGCCGACUACGUCAAUUGCCAAUCAAAAGCCCCCCAGUCUAGGCAUAUCCGAAGGGAGGAUGGCCGUGUGACCUACCUCUCACAAGACGACUUUGGACCUUUGCGGGGCUCCCGGCUGCUACCAGAGCUGGCUGAUUUCAAUCUCUGUUUUCCCGGACUUGAUGGUGGCGUCGGCCAUCUUUCUGCCAUCCAAUCUCACCGCUUCCGGGCCCCAGAGGUGCUGCUCGGCUGUCCCUGGUCAUACAGUGCUGACAUCUGGAACUUCGGCCUUCUCAUGUGGAAUCUGCUGGAAGACAUCAGCCUGUUCGACCGGCCUGCUGGCGAGGACGGCGAAUACGAUGCACACGUCCACCUUGCACAGAUGAUUUCUCUCCUGGGAGAUCCGCCAGAGGAACUGAUCAAGAGGGAGCGAAUCUUUCGUACACACAUGCUCAAGAGGCCGGUCCUGAACCCACGCGGCAAGCAGUGCAAGACCAUGAACGAGUUUUGGGGCGGUCCUUUUUUCGACGACGAUGACAAAAUUCUUCGGAAGGACUUGCUUAGAGAAGGGAGGAAGUUGGCAGACACGGUGACGGAACUAGUUGGCGAUGAGAAAGAGGCAUUUCUCGAUUUUGCUUCUGGCAUGCUCCAGUGGUUGCCCGAGAAGAGGAAGACUGCCAAGGAGCUAUUGGAACAUCCCCUCCUCGAAACGCUUCACAAAGAUCGCGAACAGAAUAUGUAA